UCCUUUCAUGUACAUUAAGGCCAAAAACCCAUGCAAUAAUUCUUCAAUUUGCAGCUAAUAAUUUAUAUAAAAAAGGAAUUAAUGCAACAACACAAAUUUUUUUCGAAAUUUAUCGACUUCCAAUUGAUGGGGGUUGUGAAGAUAAUAUUGAAUUUGAAAGAAGAAAUAAUAUUGAAGAUGAAUUAAAUGCUAAUACUAGUAAUGGACAAAGGAAAAUAUCUAUUUCUGGUUCUCCUACAGAAAUUAGCGGAACUAAAAGUAAAAAAUAAAAAUUCAUUAAUUUAUCGAAGUGAAAGUCUAAAAUGGAAUUCUGGAAGGAUUAUUUGGAGAACCUUUACUUUGCAAUCAUCAGAAAUUUGUGUAGGAAAUCAACAAUUAAGAUUUAGAUGUUUACAAGAAUUAGAUCAAUCAAAAUUGCCAGAUUCCCCUCCCCAAGUUUUGGGUGAAUUCACAACAGAUUUUAAUAAAUUACAGAGAGGGCAAGGAUUCGAAAACAUUUAUUUUCUUAGUUAUGAAGGUAACAGAAAUAGAAAAAAGAGUGCUGGAACUUUUGAACUUUGUCGAUUUCAUCAAUCUUAUAAUCCCUCAUUUUUGGAAUAUAUUUUUGCUGGUUCUUUUCUUAAUUUAGCAUUUGCUGUUGAUUUUUCUCGUUCGGAUUCGGCUGUAGAUGAAAAUAAUUUGAGGCGUUAUGUGAGUGAUGUUGAAUUAUCUAUUUCUGCUUUUGGAGAGCCUUUGAGAGAAUUCCAAAGUUCCAAUUCCUAUGCUGCUUUUGGGUUGGGUGCUAAAAUUCCUCCUCAAUUUAGAGAGUCUCAAGAAUUUUGUCUGAAACCGACCCUUAUUGUAGAGGCCUUUCUUCAGUCUUCUCUGCCUUCAAAACGUCAUUUGUUAAUGUCCAACCAUUAA